AUGAGCUUCCUGGACCGAUUCCAGGGGAAAAAUGCUACCGUCACAGCACAAGGGCAUCUCAAGAAAGCAGACGGGAGUGAGGAGAUUCGAGUCGGCCCCCCCAAGCGCAGACCUCCACAACAACAGCAAAAAUCCUCGCAGCAGCGUCCGGUUGAAAACAACAACAGCCCGUACGACGGUCAGACCAUGCUGCGCCAGCCAGCGAAGAUACAAGUUCCGCAAAACUCUCCAAAAGAAUGUCGAUCUCCACGAGAAAUCAACGAAAGUCGAGUUGUCACAGAGCAAGACCAACUUGCCUUCAGUCGCAAGGCUCGUACCGUGCAGUACGAACCUUGUAAGCUAGCGCAAUACAAGAAAGAGAAACCAGACGGGUACUACGAACUGGGAAAGCUUCAGCCCGACCUGAACACUGACGAAUUGGUGGAGAAGCGCGCGAAGAAUGAUCGUAUCAAAGCAUUCUCCCAGAAUCUACGGACCAUUAACAAAAACACGCAGUCAAAGAAACCAGUAGAUGCGACUAAAGAGCAGCUAGCCAACGCUAAGCCCAGGUCGAGUCGGGAAAAGGGACUGGCGUUCGCUAAACGCGUUCCGAAACCUCGACUGUCCCAGAGAUCGGACUCUGCAGAAGGGGAGCUUCCUACAGUCAAGGCCAGAGCUCAACGCAGUCAGAUGUCCAAGCCAAAGAACCCCAAUGUUGUACUGGAUGAUGACUCGAGACGACGAGCUUAGCGCCGAGCUGCGACUGCUGCAACAACGUCACGAAGCGUCACGUGCAGAGGUCGAAGCUCUGGUUGGGUCAGUCUAGUGUAUUGACAUAGCUGCUCCGCACUUUGCUUCACAUUUCUUUUUUAACUUUAAUAUUAA